UCCCCCUUUCAACAGAUCUUUGUUACUUUCCCCAUUUCAUUAUCAUCAAAGACCUCGACAGUCCAAACCUGAGUGAGACUUGAAGCUUUGCUAGAACCCCAAUUUUUCACACCCCUUUGGGCUCUACGCCCAAAUGCUUCAACCCAACUUUGUUGUCUCUCUUUGCUAGGUCUCUCUCUCUCAUUUCUCACCUUCACUCUAAACCCCAGGUACCAUUUUCUGCUUCUUGCUUGUUUUUUCGGAAUUGGGUAGGCAAUUUGUUCAGCAUUUCUGCUUGGAGUUGGAAGAGAGGAUUUGUGGUGGAAAUUGAAAUUUUAAGGCACUUGGGUCUCUGAAUUUAUUGACAUUCAUCAGCUUACUGGUCUGAAUUUGAGUUUCGCCACUAUAGGAUGGCGACAUAUGCAUCCACGCAUUUUACUUUUUCUGAUACUCGAAACCCAGUUGGGGUUCUAACGAGACUGGGAGGGAGAGUAUUAGUGGAGAAUCACUUGGAAAGAGUUAGAAGUGUGAAAAUGCUGCCCGAGAGCAAGUUUGGAUUUUUGGGUGCGAUCCAUAAGUCGACUUUGCCUCAAUUUAAGUGCUCAGCCAGCUCUCACAGUGUGGGUUCGUAUCCGAAUAAAGACCCUUUUCUGAAUCUACACCCUGAGGUUUCUAUGCUUAGAGGUGAGGGCAAUAAUACGUCGAGCAAUCUGAGGAAAGAUACUCCAGGUGGGAAUGUGACUGAGAGCUUGAGUGAGAAAUCUCUUCCGAAUAAUUACAACGAAGCAAAGAUUAAGGUUAUUGGUGUUGGUGGUGGAGGGUCAAAUGCAGUCAAUCGCAUGAUUGAGAGUGCAAUGAAGGGUGUGGAGUUCUGGAUUGUUAACACUGAUGUUCAAGCCAUGAGAAUGUCACCUGUCUUUCCUGAGAACCGUUUACAAAUCGGUCAAGAGCUUACCAGGGGGCUUGGUGCUGGUGGAAACCCGGAUGUUGGUAUGAAUGCUGCCAAAGAAAGCAGAGAAUCGAUAGAAGAAGCACUAUAUGGAUCAGACAUGGUUUUCGUUACGGCUGGAAUGGGUGGAGGAACUGGCACUGGCGGAGCUCCUGUAGUUGCAGGUGUUGCAAAAUCAAUGGGUAUAUUGACGGUUGGCGUUGUGACAACUCCUUUCUCUUUUGAGGGACGAAAAAGGGCAGUUCAAGCCCAGGAAGGGAUUGCAGCUUUGAGAGAGAAUGUUGACACACUGAUAGUCAUUCCAAAUGACAAGUUAUUGACUGCAGUUUCCCAGUCUACCCCAGUAACAGAGGCGUUUAAUCUAGCUGAUGAUAUUCUACGACAAGGUGUUCGUGGUAUCUCUGAUAUAAUCACGAUUCCUGGGCUGGUAAAUGUCGACUUUGCUGAUGUAAGGGCUAUAAUGGCGAAUGCAGGUUCUUCAUUGAUGGGGAUAGGAACUGCAACUGGGAAGACAAGGGCAAGAGAUGCUGCGUUAAAUGCCAUUCAAUCACCUCUAUUAGAUAUCGGUAUAGAGAGGGCUACUGGAAUUGUCUGGAACAUAACUGGUGGAACUGAUUUGACACUCUAUGAGGUAAAUGCUGCAGCAGAGGUUAUAUAUGACCUUGUUGAUCCAACAGCAAAUUUAAUAUUUGGAGCAGUGACAGAUCCAUCACUCAGUGGUCAAGUCAGCAUCACUCUAAUUGCUACUGGAUUCAAACGCCAAGAAGAAAGUGAUGGGAGGCCACUCCAGGCACAAGGAGACAUUACCCUUGGAAUCAAUCGAAGACCUUCCUCCUUCUCAGAAGGUAGUUCAGUUGAGAUUCCGGAUUUCUUGAAGAAGAAAGGACGCUCACGUUAUCCAAGAGUUUGAAAUGCUUCCUUUUUAUUCCAAUGAGUGCCUUGUCUGAGGCCUCCCAGCCUCUUCAUUACCACAUCAGCAUCAAUCUGAGGGAUUUAAGUAUGCCUCUGUAGAUACUAGAUGAUAGAUCCUCGAUAUGUCAUUUGUUAGUACUUGGUAGUGGUUUCUAGCCUUCAUAUAUUAGUGCACACUCGUUUGAGUAUCGUGUCUAUGUUCCCUUUUGUUCCAAGAAUAUUUGAAUAAAAGCCAUUGGCGUGUAUAGAGUUUUCCAUCUAUGAAGUGAGAUAGAACUUAUG